CAGUGCCCCCCUUUUAUUAGCAGAAACUGUUUUCAAAAUCGAAAUGUCAACGAUAACCUAUUGGAAAGACAUUUCGACAAAAUUACAAAAUGUCUAAACGUUCAAAAAAAUCCAAUAAAUAUCCCGCCAAUUCGUUAUUAUUACCUGAUAUCACUGUGAAACCUUUGAACCGAGAAGGAGCCUCCAAAUUGAAAGCGAGCAAUUCCGAGAACAAUCUGAAGAAAAGCAAGCCAUUGAAACCGUCCCUCUCGAUAAAAUCUUUGAGUGUGAAUCAGAAAUACGCCAAGACAAAAAGUGGUAAUAACUUAGAUAACGACAAUCUUACAAAUUUUCAGGAUUUGAAUAUUAACAACGAAUCGGACGACUUCGACUGUUCUUCGAACUUAUUGAGGGCUAAAGAUAGUUUGGAGAAUUUAAUCAAAACCGAGAGAUUCCUGGAAAACCCCGAGCUGAAUAUAGGAUGUCCAUCAACCUCUUCAUCGCCUGAUACCUUAUCCCCUCGUUCGUUGCCGGCCCUGAAUGAAAGCACAAAAUCGACGGUUGCAUCAAAAUCUUCAGCAUGGGAAUCUAACGAGAAAAUGACGAAAUGUCGUAGAUCGAAGGAGAGGAAAAAAAAGGGCGGGAAAACGGUGGAAGCGAUAAGUGUUAAAUUACCGAAAUGUGAUAAUAGAGAUUUCAAAUCGGGAGACGAUGAGAAGGCGGCAUCAUCACCGUCAACUUCUCAUCUUUCGGGUGAUAAUUUCGCUUAUGUUGCUUACGAACCGAAGACGAGCAGAUCUGUUGUUUUCACCAAUGAAGUUAUGGUGGUUUACUUCAAUGGCGAGCACGUGGUGAGCGAGGCCAAGGAGCCAUUGAAAAAGGAACUCGAACAACAAGUUAGAAAUAAAGAGAUGAGAAAAGGACAUCUCCUCUACAAUUAAUUAUUUGUUUGUUUGCCAAUAAUGUCCAACAUUUGUGCGCAUCUUUCACCAUUCGCCAUAUUCUUUCCAUGGGUUCAAAUUAAGAAUACAAUUACAUCUAAAUUGAAAUAGUAUUUUUCA